AUGGUUUUACGUUGUAUUAUCCAUUUUACAAUAUUCAGCACGCUGCCGCUGGUUGCGCAAGACCCAACCACAAAGCCACUCUCCCCGAAGCAAGAAGCCGGUAUCUCGGACGACGAACUGGCUCCUGCUGGAGGAUAUCGGCCGCCUGGCGCACGGCAUGCAGCAAGAACAGGAGUCACCGGCGAGCGCCCUCUCCAUAUAUGCGUACCGUAA